AUCAUAUUCAGGUCAUUGACUGAUUAUUUGUCAAGGAAGCGGGGCUUUUCCAAGCAGAAAAAAACCCUUUCGUCCCUUAUUUUUGGAAAGUAAAAGGCGCAGUUUUCUGCCACAAUUAUCAAGAUGGACGACAACGCCCAUAGGCCACCUGGUGCAGUACGUGGUAAUGAAUGUUUAAACACAUCAUAUGUAGUGAGCCUUCCUGGGAUAAUCAAAAUAGGAGAAUUUAUACUCCUACUGGUUGCAUUUGCAUCCCUCACAGGAUUUACUUCUUCACAUAGCGACAGACUCUAUGGAGGAAGAUAUGAUUUUUUCUACUUCGCAACUAUUACCAGCUGGCUUAUUGUCCUUGUCAUCUUUCUACUCUUUGCCUCAAACUUAAACCACAGAUUGGAUUUUAACUGGAAUAUAGUGUUGAUGGUGUACUCAGUGGUGACAGCAGUCUUGCUUCUUCUGACAUCUGCACUUGUUCUGGAUGCUGUCUUAUUUUACAGAUCACACAGAGAACACCUUAAGUCAACGCAAGACUAUGUAGGGUUCUGCACCGUGGAAAAAUGUGCAAACAUAGAAGCUGCAGGGGCCUUUGGUAUUCUGGCAACUGUUCUGUUUAUCGCUGAUGCUGUGUUCUUCUUCAUUCAAAACCGCUCAAGUAGAGCAGCACCUCCCCCYGGGGCUGAGCAAUUCUAGUAUGUGAGCUCUACGGAUCAAUAGUGUUUCCACAGUUGAUGUCACAAUUGUGCAUCAUGGAAUUGAAAUGCGGACAAGGCAAGCCAUGUUAAUUUUCAUGGGAAAACUAUGUUUUUUUGACUGUUAUUAUUCUACUUUUCCAUGUUACUGAAGCCUUUAUUUGCAAUGUUUGUCCACAUUUCGAUCCAAUAAAUCUUUGCGAUAUCUGUUUUUAGUAUAUUUACCCAAGUGAAUAAUAUCUAAUGCUGUUAUAUUUACCUACAGGURAAUAUAACAUGCAGGCUAGUUUGCCGAUUUGUGCUCCUUGCAGAGAUAAAUAAAAUUUGAACAAACAAAAAAACUCGCUCUCCGUUAUUAAUUAAAUUCACUUGUGUUAAGAAUACUAAAACAAUUACUCAACUGAGGCUCUGUGAAUAUAUGGGAAUAUUUGCCGAGACAAGAGUCUUCAAGCGUUCGGCGAAUAAUUGUUAAUUAGUUAGCGUAAAAUGCUAUUGGUCUAGAAUUAUUCCCUUAAAUGUAAAAGAAGGGACUAACUGUCAAACAUGGUCGACUUUAACAUGCAAACUAAGUAUUAUUUAAAAGGUUUGUGUAACUAUAACUUGUGUUUGGUCCAGUGGACUUUUCUAUGCUUGUCAUUGUUUGAGGCUCAAAAGCCUAUCUUGGACAUCAUGUAACUGAUAAUAUAGCCUUGUUAGAGAAAAUUUUUUUUAGUGUGUCACUCAUUCAACGUGUGUUUAAAUUAUUUUGGCGUUUUAGAGAAGGUCAAUAAUAAUACUGUAAAGUAUCCAAUAAUGCAUAAUAUGCAAUGUGUAAAAAGUAAAAAGRUCACCUCAUUUUAUUAUUCUAUAAGUUACCUUGCUAUGUACACUCUGAUUGGUCAAGAACUGUUGGUUGAGAACUGUACUUAAGCAUCUAUGCAUGUGCAGAUGACUUUGUGAAAGAAAACAKCAUUUAAAACCUACAACAUUAUAAUCACAUCUCUUAUUUCUAAAACRAAUAAAAUGGGGUUCUUUUUCAAGCUACAAAAAAAAAGAGAAGCACUUGCCCAUAGCAAUGUCAUUCUCAUCCAUGAYAUUUCUUUCAUGCUUUUGUCACUUUCAGCUAGCCUGCAUAGCAGCCUAAUAGACCCCUUGCAGCACGUCGGAUCUAGAAUGAAGCUUAAUUUGGAGGAUAUAACAAUAGGUUUCCAAUUCUCAGGAGAUUGAAAUUCUUUUGUUUUGUCCUCCAAAUUGAGCUACUUUGACAUCACAUGUCUAUAAGUAUAGGAAAAUAUAGGAGGAUGGGUGCUCAUUGUUCCUUCUGCCCCCACCCCACUGGGCUGCUAAGCAGGCUACUGUAAGCAAGCUGUAUUAAUGAACAGAGCCUAGAAAAGCUGUAAAUACUAGCUCAACCAUAGACAAUCCAAAUUGCUAUUAUUGACAAAUCUGGAUUUUGUAAUCAUGAUAACUCUAAAAAAUCCAAAGUAUAUUAAACUGUAGGCAGAGUUCCCCUCUCCCUCCACCCCUAGGGAGAAAAUGUUUUCUCCUCAAGGGGGAGGAGAGGGGGCAGGAAAAUAAGCAUGAUGGCUAUAAAGCAUACUUGCAUUGCAA